AUGUGGCUUAUCAACGUGCAAACUCUGGAACUCGAGCAAUUCUUCGGCAGCGAUACUCCUGGCUACGCCAUUUUGUCACAUACUUGGAGCUGCGGGGAAGUGACAUUUCAGGAUUGGGCCGACCGAUCUCCAGCUUCUCAGAAACCAGGAUACAGCAAGAUUGUGGACGCAUGCGCGCAAGCACGGGUGGCGGGUUUCAAGUUCCUGUGGGUUGAUACGAAUUGUAUCAAUAAAAACAGCUCAUCAGAACUUACUGAAGCCAUCAACUCGAUGUUCUCUUGGUACUUUCAUUCGGGGGUGUGCUUUGCGUAUCUCUCCGAUAUACCAACGUUCACAAGAGGUUGGACUUUACAGGAGCUCUUGGCUCCUAGAGAGGUUUUGUUCUACGCAGCCGAUUGGUCGCUCAUUGGCACAAGAUCAUCUCUGGCGCAUCACAUAUCUUCGGCCACAGGCAUCGACGUCGAAUAUUUCAACUCAAAAGCAUCACAGUAUGGGUGGUCGCAAGAUCAGUGGGAAGUCGGGGAAAGACUUUCAUGGCUGGCUCGCCGCGAGACCACCAGACUUGAGGAUAUGGCAUACUGUAUGCUCGGAAUUUUCGGCAUAUCUAUGCCCUUGGUAUACGGGGAGGGGUCGCGGGCUUUCAUGAGACUCCAAGAAGAGAUCCUGAAGGUUUCAGAUGAUCAUUCUUUGUUCUGCUGGUCUUGGUCUGCCUUUUCUGGCACGGGAAGUCUCCUGUCGUCUCGCCCACAUGCCUUCAAAGAAGCAUCUCAGUUCACCCCUCGAGAAAGCAAUAUGCCACAGCCGUACAGCAUGACGAACGCGGGGCUAUCGAUUCAACUUCGAACUCUAUCAUGUUGGUCAUCAUACAUCGGCAUUCUCAAUGUUGAAACCAUACACAAGAACGAAGAUACAGGUGUGUUACUGUCAGGGGACCCGAACACAGGUCGAUUUGUCAGAUGUCCUUAUCCAGGAGUCCCGGUUCAUCUUUGUCCCACAAGAGAGCUGAGAACUCAUCCCAUGCAUAUGUUUAUGCCAACGAACAGAACGGGUGGUCGUGUAAGCGAAGCAACGCCCUUUUCAUUAACGACGUCAGCCAAAGCUGGGGUUCUGCUGUCUUUUGAUGAAAGGAACAAAUUUGUCGAAAUUGAAACGCUUCCGAGGGGAAGAUUCUUGACUAAUUCAAGCAUAAUCGAUAUUCCCUUCGAAAGAUCGGCUUUGAACCUUAGCGGGUGUCAGGAUGCUGAGUCCUACUGGUUUGAAGAUACAGUCAACAAAGCUCCGAACGUUUUGGGAGCGAUGGUGAAGAUAAAGCUUUCUUCGGAAUUCCAACACGCAACAGAGUCAUUGCUAUUUUUUGUGAAACAAUCACAAGCUGGUCCGCUGCAAGAGGCAAGGUUGCAUUAUUAUCGCAUUCCCCACGCCGCGACUGACUUCGUUGGCUGGACGCAUUACGCAGCUCCUCAAAUAUGGCAGUCAGAACGUCAAGGAAUAGACAGGCGGAAGUAUAUUACAAAGGCUCUCAUGAAAUCUGAGUUUGCGGAUGCCUUAAAUCCCUCCGUCAUGAAUGGAGUCGCUGUUGCUGUCGCGGCUAGAACGUCGAAGGCGAUGGGCCGAACGCUGCUGAAGCACGUACACCUCACUUGA